UCGAAUGUUUUAAGUGGAAAAAAAAUUGAAGUCUUUAAUUUGGCGAAUUCAUUCGUUUACUUUGCGUUUAUUUUUAGCCUUAGUACUUUCGUUUGAUACGUUUGCUACCAAGUAUUUAUAAAAUUAAAAAGAGUUAGAAAUUAAAUUUGCAAUUGCAUCUGCGAUUCAUCAACUAUUCAGAGUGAAUAAAGAAAAACCUACAUCACACCUACAAUCAUACGUGUUACGUGUACAUACAUAUGUGUAUCUUGGUUCUCAUCAUUAACAACAGUUUAUUAAAAAAUUAAAACUGCGAGUAUUUUACCACCCAAAAUCACCUAAAAAUGAACGGCAUGAGCAGUAAUGAUGAUGCAGUCGAGUGCCCUUUGUGUAUGGAGCCGCUUGAGGUGGAUGAUUUGACCUUCUUUCCCUGUACCUGCGGAUAUCAGAUUUGUCGGUUCUGUUGGCACAGAAUCCGUACGGAUGAGAACAAGCUGUGUCCAGCGUGCCGGAAAGAAUAUCCAGAGAAUCCGGCUGAUUUUAAGCCGCUAUCACAGGAAGAGAUGAUUGCCUUCAAGUCCCAGAAGCGACAAAGGGACCAACAACGAAAACAAAAGAUCACCGAGAACCGAAAACACUUGGCCAACGUUCGUGUUGUCCAAAAGAACUUGGUGUUUGUUGUGGGCUUACCACCUCGACUUGCUGACGCAGACAUACUUAAAAAACACGAGUAUUUUGGUAAAUAUGGGAAAAUUCAUAAAGUCGUUAUAAAUCCAAGUACCACGUAUGCCGGGGUCCAGGUAAGAGUUGGUCCAUCAGCUUCUGCCUAUGUCACAUAUGUUAACAACUCGGAUGCUUUGCGGGCCAUUCAAAGCGUCAACAACAUUAUGAUAGACGGGCGGCUCAUAAAAACUAGCCUGGGGACAACAAAAUACUGCAGCCAUUUCAUGAAGAACCAGCAGUGUCCCAAGGGCGACUGCAUGUACUUACAUGAACUGGGGGAUCCCGAGGCCAGUUUCACGAAGGAGGAAAUGCACCAGGGAAAACACCAGGAGUACGAGAAGCGCUUACACGAUACUCUUAUUGCUUCAUUCGGACCGAAUACAGCAGGUAUUAUAAAUGGUAACGGAGCUUCUAAAGCAAAUGCCGCUAUUCCAUCGUCAUCGUCAGCGUCAUCUUCGUCCUCAGGUUCGGGAACAAAUGCUUCUAGUGCAGCCAAUGCCCAGCAAAAAGAGGCCUGGCCGAGCCUUUCGGUAUCGCCUAUCAAUGGCAGAGAGGCGACAGCAAGUUCGAACAAUUCCAACGGGAAGAGUAAACGGGAGAAGCUGCGCAACGAGAAGAGACAUGAAAAGAACAAAUCGAAAAAUAAAAACAGUGGCAACACAAACUCCAAUGCCUCCAACAAGGAGAACUACGUUCCUGAAUCACGAGGCAGCACAAGUACUGAGCCAUUCGCAGAAACCACAGCGGAUGCACCGGCGCCCACAAAAGCUGAACCGCAGCAAAGCUCUAGUAAUCGAACACGUACCGAUCGUGGAAAAGAACGGGUCACCAAUAAUGCGGCAAGUGCAAAGGAGCAAAAGAAGGGCAAGGAAACUGCUCCUGCUGCAAGCAAACAGGUUGAGCAAAGAGAGAGUACAAUAAUACAAAAGAAGGCGGAAGUAACCGAAAGCUGUGAAGAUAAUUUACCACAAAAGAGAUUAGCGGGAACAAAUGUUCAAAGAUCUGUGAGCUCCUGUAGCGAAAAUAGCGAAGGCCACGUCUCGGAGAGUAGCUUAAGUGAAAAGAGUUUACCUGGUGAUUAUACGGAAGAGAAGUGCAAUAGUGUGAAUUCAGAAAGCCACCCAGAAAGUGAAAAAAGUCCAGUGGAAGACGAAAAGAGCAAUGAGGCUAUUGUUGAGGCCGAACCGGUACUGGAAACAUCAAAGUCCUGUGAGGACAUAAGCACCGCAGAAGUGCCUAGUAAUGGCAAAGAUGAAAGUUCCUUACCUGAAGUUUCAGCUGAACCCUCGAUUCUGGCGGAGAAUGAAAGCAGAUUGACUGAUGCGCUGUCUAAGCUCAAUAUUUUCGACGACACGCCCAGCUUCUUCACAUCGCAAGCAUUCCAGCAAGCCCCCGUAAUAAAGAAUAAGCUAGAUUUGGAAAUGCGACAGUCUCAUUUACCAGACUUAGUCAACGAUAUUGAUGGAAUCCAAAAGGCAACAAAUACAAACGAGUGGGAAGAAGCUUUCAAAAAUGUGAUGAUACGAAACAAUAGGCAUGUGGAGGAACAACUACUUCAGCAGCAACAUUUGCAACAGCAACAGCAGCAUCAUCAUCAGCAAGUAUUGCAUCAACAGGAGGAGUUCCUUCGCAUGCACGAAUUACAAAAACGCAACAACUUUGCGGCUAAUCUUUCACAAAUGAUCGGUCCUGCAAAUGAUUUUCUUAACCAAUUCCAGCCCAAUUCACUCGAUAUGAAUAGAGCUCAUGCACUCAUACAGCAACAACUACUACAGCAGCAGACAGGAGAGAAUCUGUUUGGAGGAAAUAUGUCGAAAUUCUUUGAUUUUCAUAAAAGCCAGCAGCAGUCACACCAUCAGUAUCUUAAUGGACACCCGCCUCAAAUCAAUGGAAAUAAUGCUGUGUCUGAGCCACAACGAGUGGCGGCCUUUUUGGAAAACAAUCGACUGAAUUCGCCCUUUGUCGAAAAUGGACUUAUUAAUUCACAACAGCAGCCUCAAAAGCCGAGGAUGAUGGGAAUGUUUGAAAAUCUGCCUCCAAACACGCAAUCUCAACAGAGUCGGUUCACCCAAAAUUCAAUAGUCGACGAUGACUUAGGUUUCGACCCCUUUAUUGAGACCCAAAAGGGACUUGCUGAACUUAUGGAAAAUGAAGUUGUUCAACAACAGAGUAUUAACAAUGAAAAUCCCGGACCGAAGCUGCCGCCACAGCCUCAAAUUCCCUCCCAUCCACAACUGGUGGACAACAUGCAGAGAGCUCGCAUGCCACCGCCAGGCUUUAAUCACAUGAACACAUUGGGCUUGGGCGGAGCAUCAAGACUGCAGCACACCAGUAAAAUGAUGCCCUUCAUGAACAUGCCCGUCAACGGGGUGGGAAACAACGGCGCCCAAGGGCAGCAUCAGGUACCGAUGGGUCCCAACUGGAAUGCUCAUUUGGGCAUGCACCAAAACCAAGGACAGCCCGUUGGCGAAUCCCAAAUGCAGCACCCAAUGGCUCACAACAAGGUUUACAACAAUAGUGAUUGGACGUCAAUGGAUCCGGCUAUACUUUCGUUUAGACAGUUUUCAUCUUUCCCACAAAACCAAAUUCCCCCCCAUCCUCAACAACAGCAGGAUAUGUUUUUGCAGCAUUUGGCUCAACAGCAAAAUUCACAGAGUGGUUUCAACAAUCAGCCACAGCCACUGCUUCCUAUGGGGAUUCCCAAAUAAUUUGCUGAAUGGACAACAGUCGCAGCCGCCACAGGUUAAUGCCAAUGUUCAGGGCAUGCUUGAGUUUUUAAAAAGCCGUCAAUUCGUUUAGCUACAAUACAUAUAAAUAUUACAUUUGUUUACCUGUACUCUUUAUUAAAUAUUUCUUAAAGUAAAUAUAGGCAAAAUAAAAUUCGAAUAUAAUGAAAA